AUGGAGUCGUCUUCAUCGAGAAAAAGUUCGGCGCAAGGUACAACACUCCACAGCCAUCUGCACCAGCGGUCGCUAUCGCCGUCCAGCCGAUUCUGCUCCUCCUCCAUCUCGGCGUCGUCUUCGUCCGGCUUCGCGACCCGAUCCACGAGCCCGACCCGGGUAACGCUUGGAAGACCCGUUUCCCCUUCCCAUUCGGUUCGAUUCUCCACCACGAGAAACCAAUCGAUCGCGUCGCACCACCACCACAAGAUACAGAGCGGCGGCCGGUCGUUGAGCUCCGGCGCGAAGAAGGCGUGCACGUGCUCCCCCACGACGCACCCGGGUUCAUUCCGGUGCGGCCUCCACAAGAACAGAAGCCAGCCGGCGGCAGCAACGCCGUACCGCUCGAGCCAUCAAUUGAAUAUGUGGAGGUCGGCGAUGACGAACUCGCUGGUCCGAAUCGGGGCGGUGGAGGGCGAUCUGGUGAGGAGGGCGCUGGCGGCGCUGAUCAGGCCGUCGUCGCACAGCCUCCGCCGCCGGCACGACUUCCAGCCGCGGUCGAGCCGGCUGUCAGUGAUGUCUAAGGCCGAGGCUUGA